UGAAGCAGGCGAGGCUGUUGUGGAAAAUGAUGAAGAAUGUGUCGUAACAAGCGGGUGUGAAUGUCUUUCACAAUAUUGAACAUCAUACAAAGCCAUUGCCGAAGUAUUUGCAAAUCCUUCUCAAUCUCAAGGGUUUUUAUUAUUGCCCAACGUUUUGUCCUUACACACGCUUCAUCAGCUCGCAAGCUUCACCACAAUUGAUUUCCUGGUAAGGUGUUCAUGUUCGUUUGGAGAUUAUUGAACUAUGUUGACGUUGCUCUUGCUAUCGUAUUGUUGCAAAUCGUGCAACGUUGGUGUAAAUAGAGCGAGAAAUAUUAGAUUCCGAACGCUGGUACGCAUAUUUUUGUUGGAGAUGGGUUUAUUUUUAGGCUUUUCUUGCCAUGGACCGCAACCUCAAGAAGCACCUUUCUUGAAACAUAUAACUGGAAAGAGGCAAAGCUCAGCAUGUUGGUUAUCAAUUCCCUGCACUAAUUUUCGAAAUGCACACUAUCUGCCAGAAAGAAUGUAAAUCUGUUGUGCAGAAAAAUGGACGUCUGAAGUAACAUCCACACUGCGAAGUUCACUUGUUUUUGCUCGGAGAUGAACAAAUAGCCUCUCAUCACUGUUUUACAACAAUGCAGCGUCAUUGGGAGGUAAGAAUGGGGCGCGAGGAGAUGGAAGGUUCGGAGAGCUUUCCUCGAUCUCAACACAGACACGCAGGGAUGUAGAGCACCACCUAUGGCUAGCUGAGCAUAGGCCCACUCUAGCUCUAUUAGCUCCAUCUCCACCCCACGCGAAGAUGGCCCAAGAGGAAAAGAUGACACGGAGGAAGGAAGAUGUCGAUGGCCUGAAAGCGAACACAAAGCAAUAUUAUUCCAAUCGGUGUAUCGAUGAUUUGAUCCGUUCGGGUGGAAGAGAAUUCAAUGACCUGUUCCGAUCAUUCUCGAAAUUGGAUGUUAAUCUUCAGAAGCUGCUAAUCGAUGCCAUGGCAAAACACUUGGCCAAGAAGGAGAAGGAUUUGGAGCAGAAGGAUGUUCUAGUUGAGAGGGAAGGUCGGAAGCCAACCCUCGCAUGGUUCAAAGUUGAUAACGAGACUCGUCCCUCGAAGAAUGAGCAGCACAGACGGCGCAGAUGUACCAGUACAGCAUCGAAGCCGCAUCCACCUGAAGAUAGAGGUCCUUGCAGCUGCAGAGAAUGGCCACACUCCCCAAAGCAGCAAAAGAUUUGCGAUGGCGUAUGCAGGGAUGUUGCAUUGCAGAUGCCUGUAAUUUUACGAAAAGCCUCAGAACCGAGUCACAAGGCACAAGAUCAAAUCUACGACGCUGCAAAGCUGCUUGAAAUUCAUUUAUCACAGGCAUGA